AAUGUGGGGCCCCUGCAGGAUAUGCUUGGCAAUCUGGUGGGUGCACCAGAGGAGAAAGCAGACCUCUUUAACAAAUUCUUCACCUCCGUUUUCCUCUGCAGAGACUGGGACUCCCCAACCAGGACUCCAGACGGACUCGGGAGAAACGCCGCCAGGCCUAAGGUCAGGGAGGACCAGCUCCAGAUCUUUGGGCAGCAGGAACACAAAACACCUUGUGAGACUGCAAUCUCCAAAUCCUGCCUUGUUUCUGUCUUGCAAUACUGUCACCCAAACAGUCCCUGUCAUUGUUGAGUGUUGGCUCUUCAACUUCAAAAGCAGGCAACAAAGGCUAUGAAUGGGAGCAGUGUCUCUAAGCAGGAUGGAGAAAUUACUAGUUUAGGACACCCAGGUGGGCUGGAAAAAGAAUCCAGUCUCCAAAGAGACUCUUUGUUCUCUUCUCCCAGUGUGCCCAACCUAUCACAGCUCCUCAGCCAGACAAUAGGCAACAGGACACAGGAACCAAAAGUCAUUUGCCCUUCUUCCCAGAUAAUGGAAUUACUUCAUCAAGAUGGGGAAGACUCAUCUUCUAGGGAAGGAACACAAGCCCUUGCUCCUCCCUUGAGCCACACCCCCAUCUUCUGUUUUGGUGACAAAGACGAGUUUGGCAAUGAACACCUACGUGCCAAGAGGGCCAGAGUGGAAAGCAUUAUCCAAGGCAUGAGCCUCUCACCAAACCCUAUAGCACUUGGCGCUAGUGCAGAAAGAGACAGAGAACAUAACACAGAGAAAAGGAGAGAGAGCUGUAGAGAGAACAAAAGAAAGCAAAAGCUGCCUCAGCAGCAGAGUCCACAUGUGGCACAAUUGGUGGGGACUAGCGCCAAUGCAGAAGAGCACCACUACCUAAAGGAACAGCUUCAAGUUCUGCAGCAGCAGCUGAGGCAACUCCAAGAGAAAUUCUUCCAGGUUUAUGAGCUCAAUGACUCUGAUCAAACCCAAGAAGGGACAGAGCAGAUUAUGCACUUACUGACGGAGAAGCACGGAGACAGUCUGGAGAAAAGCAUUCAGGCUCUCACCAGAGACCAGCACAAAGUUCUUUGCAGGAGCACUUCAGAGAUGGAAGGCCACAAAGUGCUAGAGGAAGAAAGCAAAAUAGUCAUUAAAGGUGACCUGUCCUCUGAAGAAAGAACACUUUCUGAGACACUAAAGGGUGAGCUGGCCAGAGUGGUGUCACAGGCAGUGGACUCUGUUUUGAAAAAGAUCUUGUCCAGCUUCCCAGGCCAUCUCUCUCAAAUGUAUGAUAGCCUCCCCAUGGCGACAACAGACAACAGAAGAGAGCAUCUUGCUUCUGUAGAAUGCUCUAGGAAAAAACAAUUUCCUAAAGCUUCCUCCCAGAAUUUGGUGAAUUCACUGGCUGAAGCUCAGACUGAGGCCUUGUCACUUGUCUUAGAGAAGUCUCCAGACUUUCCAACUUACCCAGUCAGUUUAAGAGGGGUAAGAAAACCCUGCCAAGUACCUAACAUGAGUUACCCCUUGCUCAUGUCAUCUCAAGUUCAAGAAAACCAGAUUCUUAGCCAGUUGCUAGGGUAUGGUCAAAAUGGCCAUUGGAACAGCAGGAUUGCCUCUUCUCCAGAUAGGUCUUCCCCAGCAUCCCUAGACCAACCAUGGGGAGCAGUCAAACUGAGGUCAUCAGUCAUGAGACAGCAGCAAUAUCCUACAUCCCCCAACUCCACUCAAAUGGAAAGUUUGGCUUUUCUUUCAGCUGGCAAAGCAGAAUGCAGGGAUCUGCAGAGUAUCAUGGAUGGGAUGUCCUUCUCCUCAAUCCAUAUCCAAGAGGCUCUGACCCCUGGCCACCUGAAGAAGGCCAAGCUGAUGUUCUUCUUCACUCGAUAUCCCAGCUCCACUCUGCUAAAAACCUACUUCCUUGAUGUCCAGUUCAACCGCUGCAUCACUUCCCAGCUCAUCAAGUGGUUCAGUAACUUUCGUGAGUUUUACUACAUCCAGAUGGAGAAGUUUGCCCGACAAGCCAUCCUGGAGGGAGUCACAGACUGUAAAGACCUGAUGGUUUCCCGGAACUCCGAGCUAUUCCGGGCUCUCAACAUGCAUUACAACAAAGGGAACGACUUUGAGGUUCCUGAUCGCUUCCUGGAGGUUGCCAGCUUGACCCUCCAGGAGUUCUUCAGUGCUGUCAAGGCAGGAAAAGACUCUGACCCUUCCUGGAAGAAACCCAUUUAUAAAAUAAUUUCAAAACUGGACAGCGACAUCCCGGAAGCAUUUAAAUCUUCCAGCUGUCCCCAGGAACUGCUUCAGAGCUAAAUCUGUGGGGGAGGAUGUCUGAGACAAUGGUAUAUUGCAACUAGUGGCAAUCAGAAGACUAAAGAAAGAAAGAAAAACAGAAAAAAAAGACCCAGAAGUGCUCAAGUGAAGAACCUGCAACAAAUUGUGAGAAACGGGAGCUCAAAAGAAAACAGAAUCUGAUGUUACACAUCUUUAGAAAAAAAAUGUUUUAUUUGAUUGCACAAAGAAUACAUAUCAUACAUAAAGAGCCAUACGCACAAAGCACACAGAUUAUUAUUAAAAUGUGUGUUUAUAGACUGCUUUUAAAGCUAGACUGGGCAAGGCACUAGAACAAACCUGCAUUGGUCAGUCUUCAGAAAGCAGGAGAACAAGACUAGCUAACCCAGGAAAUGUUUGCCAUCUUUAAUUGCUGAUUCUGUAAGACAGCUGGGUGCAGAAAUGUUCACUUCAUAACAAUACAAUAUACAUUCAAGGCCAAAUGGGAAGUGGGGAAUUGUAAGAAGUGUGCAUAUCUAUCCAGGUCCAACAUGGGCACAUCCAGGAUGUUGUACAAGGUGGUACAGGAACAGCAACCAGAGCUACAGAGGUGGUGGCACCCUCCCUCACAUCUCUACCCCACUCACACCCUCCACCUCAUCCCAUGGAGGCAGACCACGCUGUGGAAGCAACUGUUAAAGAUUUUUAUGUCCCCAAAUCAGGUAAAGAUCUGUCCCCCACCCUUUGUUCUUGGCACCCCCACCCUUCCCCUCUGUGCUCAGUGGCAUAUCUCCAUUGGCUCUAUCCCCAGCAGACCUGGCAGAGAGUAAGGGGCUCCAGAGACUCUCCUCUCCUGUUCCAGCAGGGCUUCAUGGGAAGCUGGGCUUAACUGCAAACAAUGGCAGUGGCAGGUGGGUUCCCCUUCCCUGUGCCUACUUCUGGGCUGGUGGGGAACACCUGGGAAGGGUCAGGCAGAGGGGGAUCCUGCCCCCCUGCUGCUGUCCCCAAUUGAGCUGGGCUCUCCAUGCAGCCCAGCUGAAGCAAGGCAAGAGUGGCUCUGAAGCUCCCCUCAAUCCCUGUCAGCCAGAGUCAAUGACAGCAGUGGGUGGGAGGGGAGGAGAAGGAAGGGGAGGAGAGUUGUGACUGAGCACAGAAGGAAAGGGAGGUGGGGACUCUUACCUACUUAGGGGCUUAAAGUCCCCAGCUGCUGCUCUUGUGGCAUGGCCUGAAAGGAGGGGGGGAAGCUGACUGUGCCACUGCACCCCUCUCUGGAUUGCCACCUGGGUUCUCAUACCUUCCAGUCAUUCUGCGCUUUAAAAACAGCAACUGUAAUUGCUUUCUAUUUAAUACAAUGAAAGUUCAGUAGACACAAAAAUAAAGGCUAUGCAUCUAUUGCUUUAAAAACACAGUGCUUUCUUAUCUUGGGAUUACAAUAAAUUUCAAUCCACUGAUUUUUUUUAAAGAAAUACCAUCCGCUGCUGCUUUGUACGGUGGAAGCUGCAUCUUUUCAGCUUCUGCCAGCAGGUGGCCAGAAAUGUUUCAGUUCAUUUACUGAGUUUAUUCACUCUUGGCUGUUCUGCACUGUACUUCAGGAGAACUAAAACAAUGUUUUGAAGAUAGCACAGAAUGUCAAACAUUCUGCUUACACUAAAACUGUACAUUCAACAGUUCAGCAAACAACCCGUUAAUAUAAUGCAAGGUACCAGUUAGGCAUCAGUUAGGUGGAGCUAACUGUAGGUAUCCGCAAUGACCUGCUUUGAGACAUUAGGUGUGAAGCCUAGUAUAUUUAUCAGGCUUCUGUCAAAGAGUUGGUGAGUAUAUUGCCAUGUCAAACUGAUCA